UUUAGUGAGUUGAUGUGUAGUGAACACUUGGUUGAUAAAGGCUAGCGGUUUUUUUCAGAAUUUUUGCGAUUUGUAUUCAAUAAACUAAGUAAAUCGGAAUUCCACACAGUGAACGUUUUAAUACAUGGUCAGCGGGUAUGUGCAUACUAAGGACUAUACAUAUGUAGAUAUGAAUUGAAAAUAAAAUUUUCUUUGCCGGUUAAAGUACUCUUGCUGAAGUUGACAAAGUUUUUACCUUAUCAAGUUUUUUCCUUUGAAUAACAGUCACCUGCUUUAUUGUUGAGACUUUUAUACAUACAUAGUUGCUUAGUGAGUUUCAGUCACUAGUUGCUUACAGUUCUGGGGCUAUCAUUCAUUCAUUAUUUUUUUUCCCUCAAACAAACAUUUCUUGCAACGUAACAAUGCCACUUUCACAAAGUAAAGAGGAUCAGGCUCAAGCAAACGGUUGCACAAUAUGUCGUAACGAAUUCUUCGAAGGUGACGAUACCUUGAAGACCGCUUGCUCGCACCAGUUCCACCGAAUAUGUUUAUUGGACUGGUUAAAGCACAGCUCCACAUGUCCCCAGUGUAGAGCUAGAUGCAACAGUAGAGACCUUCCUCGCCCUGGUCCUCUAACUAGAUCAAAGGUUACAUCUAAGACUACUAGCGAUAACCCCCAGCUUUUAACAAAUUUACAUAAGGAUAACUCGGAUUUAGCAGGAGCCACCUGUUCGCCAUUAGAAGCACCAGUUCGAGAACAGAACUCCAAUGUAAACCCUAAUACGAAUAACAUCGAUGAAGAGGCCCGUCUACGAAAUCUUGUUGGGGCAGUCACUUCGGCAAGGCAGGCAACAAUGUUCGAGAAUUUAGAUACCCGUAUAGCGCAAAUUGUUGAACAAAAAGUGGAGCAAACAUUAGCAAAUGCGUUGGGU